GAGUCCCACUCCCCAAUCAAAAACCCUGAGCAAUGCUAAGCUAAAAUUUUCAGUUUCUUCAACAAAGAAUACCACCAGGCUCAAGUCAUGCUCUCUCGUUCGCACACAAAAAAAAAGCUUCUUCCUUUCAUAUUCAGCAAGCUUAAAGUUACAACAAAUGAGCCCUUUACUUCACCAUUUCAAGCUCUCUUCUCCACCCACAUUGUUGGAGAGAAACCCAUUCUUGUUAGGGAUUUCAUACAUAGGGCAUUGUACGAUCCGAAACAUGGGUACUUCUCACAAAGGUCAGGUUCAGUUGGUGUGCUCGAGAGGAGCAUAAAGUUCAACCAACUUGAAGGAAGGAAAGCUUAUAUGAAACACUUGGAUAAAAUAUAUAAGCAGAGUGGCAUUGCAUGGUUCACCCCUGUGGAGCUUUUUAAGCCAUGGUAUGCCCAAGGAAUUGCUGAAGCCAUAAUGCGUACAGCAAACCUUUCAGUUCCACUAAAAAUAUAUGAAAUUGGUGGUGGAUCUGGAACUUGUGCAAAGGGAAUAAUGGAUUACAUAAUGUUGAAUGCACCUCCAAGAGUUUACAACAGUAUGACAUACACCUCAGUGGAAAUUAGUCCUGCUUUAGCAGAGAUACAAAAACAGACUGUUGGAGAAGUACAUGGUCACCUAUCAAAAUUUAAAGUAGAACACCGCGAUGCUACUGACAGAAGUGGAUGGGGAGAUGUGGAGCAACAACCAUGUUGGGUAAUAAUGCUUGAGGUGCUUGAUAAUCUUCCGCAUGAUCUUAUCUAUUCUGAAAAUCAAGUUUCCCCAUGGAUGGAAGUAUGGGUUGAGAAACAGCUUGACAGGGAAGGACUAUCAGAACUAUAUAAACCUUUACAAGACUCAUUAAUUAAAUGUUGUCUUGAAAUUCUGGAACUAGAUAAAAGCAAUACCAAUCAAAGCAGUGCUGUUUCAAAAGCAUGGUCUAAAUUGUUUCCAAAACCUCGAAGAUGUUGGCUUCCAACUGGUUGCAUGAAACUGCUAGAGGUUUUACAUGCAGCAUUACCAAAAAUGUCAUUGAUUGCUUCAGACUUCAGUUACCUACCUGAUGUGAAGAUACCUGGUGAAAGAGCUCCACUGGUUUCAACCAAGAAAGAUGGCUGCAGCUCAGAUUACAGCAAUUAUCUGGAUGCAAAGGGUGAGGCCGAUAUCUUCUUUCCUACUGACUUUUGGCUUUUGGAACGCAUUGAUCAUUACUGUUCUGGAUGGCUGAAACUGCAAAAGGAUAAAUCAUCCACUCAGGGGAAGAGGAGGCGCACUAUCACUCUCGACACAUCUUCAUUCAUGGAAGAGUUUGGCUUGCCUUCCAAGACAAGAACAAAAGAUGGAUACAACCCUCUUCUGGAUGACUUCAAAAACACCAAAUUUUAUCUCAGUGUUCCGACACAUAAUAUUAAAUAAAUUGUCAACGUCAGAAAUUCUAAAAUACUGGCCGCUUCACUUUCUGGGAGUAACAGGUUUAGAAUACCUCAAGGCUCAUGAAGUAAUGAGUUUAAUCAGAUGUGUUGUGAGUAGUGUGCUGGUCCCAGUGUUGCCAUUUCUUAGCUAUAUGGUUCUAUUAAAAUUUUUGGACAAUUGGAAGCAAAGUAGUCAGGCAGCUGGCUACUGGUGGGGUACCGGACUGGCUUGCUAUGCAUGCCCAAGAGAUGCCUCAUUGAGAACGAUGCAGAAUAUCAGGAGUUCUGGAGACUUGAAGAAACUUAAAAGUUUCAAUUUUUCUCCUCAUCUGAAUCAAAGAAGCUUCUAUUUUUUGUUCAUUUAUUUCAACCACAAGAAUAAAGAAACAAUAAUAAUCUAACCUUUUGCAUAGAAGAAAGAAUUAUAAAUUGCUUUCAUGUACACUGACGAAAGUUUUGAAUUAAUAGAGAGCUGGAACAUUGGCCUGGAA